AUGGCAGUGAAACGCAACUCAAAGCUUCAUGCUUAUUUGGCAGAGCAAUAUGCUGAAUUUAGUUCAGAUAGUCCCCAGCCUCGUCUGUCGUCUCUUUUUUCAGACUUUUCCAAACUCGCGAUGCUUAACAAAUAUGGUUACGAUGCUAACAUUGGCUAUUGGCGAUCGGUAAUUCUUGACUGUAAUCGUCAAGGAUAUUUAAGAUCUACAGAUCACGCGAUUGCGAUUGAGGCAUGUAGUUUGUCUGAAACCUUCCAAAGACCAGGAAUGGGAAGACCAUUAGCCUUGGGUCAUGUAGUGUCUAGUAUGGAAGCCGACGGUGAUCUUGUGGCUCUGUCAAAUUUUGACAAGGUUCAUGCAGGUUCAGCUUCCUGGCUGUCGUGGAUAAUGGGAAGCGUGAUUCCGCAGCGAAGGCCAGGUUCAAGUGAUCCAGCCACACACGGAUUGUACAUAGUUAUGCCUACCCUAAAAGAAAUCGCAAAACGAAUUGUUCAGGACCAUUAUCAACGUCCGCUAAAGAGUGCGCUAGACCAUCUAGUGACAUUUGAAGAUAUCCGAGCUCGAUACCAAAAAUGCGAUUCACUAGAAUUAACAGACAAUGACUUGAUACUAGUACUUAGAUAUCUUCACUACUCUAUGGGACUGGCUAUGGCAGAUGACGUAAAGGGCUACGAAAAAAGCUAUCUGGUUGUGAAAUUCCCAGAGAGUAACACAGGAUCAACACAAGCAGAAAUCACACAGCAUGACAAAGCCAUCAUAAGCAUAAAGACUGCUUGUCAGGCACUAAAUGUCCAAGUCGAUGAUCUACAACGAAAAAUUGAAACACUGGAGCGAACUGCAAAGGAUUUCUACGUAAAGAAACAAAAGUCGCGAGCACUGUAUUGUUUAAAGCGCAAGAAACAAUAUGAAGAGAUUCUAGAAAGAAGGCUUACCUCUCUCGAAACCAUGGAAACCAUGUUAAUGAAGAUCGAAGCUUCUCAUAAUGAUCUUCAGAUCGUUGAAGCAUUUAAUAUUGGUGCCGAUGCUUUGCGUGGUGUUAUUGGUAGCUCGGAGCUCACUUUGGAAUCUGUGGAUGAAGCAAUGGUUAAGAUGCAGGACGCCUUGGAUGCUCAAAAAGAGGUGGAAAAUGCUAUCGCGACAGGAACAGAAGAAACAAAUGCAAUGCAGCUUUCCGGUGUAGAUGAUGCCGAACUCGAGAAAGAAUUGGCAGCUCUGGAACAUUUGGAAGUCGAGGAAUCCAAGGAGAAGGACUUGCAUAACCACAAAGUGCCCAAAGAACAAGAGCCAAAGGAACAAGAAAAGGUACGGCAAGAACCAUUAGAGAAUUCACAGAAAAAAGAAAAAGUACCUGCCGCCAAGACACCUGCUUCCAAGGCACCUGUACAGAAUGAAGCUUCUACAUCACCCACCGAUUCAGAACUUGCUCGUCUUGGUCAAGUGUUGGCUUCUCUCGACAAACCUCGUUCUCCAACCAAGGAAAAACAAAUGAGCUAUGAAUAUGCAUAA